UUUGUCAAUUUGUAAUUUUUGUUGGCUGUGGUUGCACUUGCACGCACAGUACAAAUCCGUACUUCCAAUUUUUUAUGCCCAAUGUUUUAAUUUCUUUUGUUGUAUUAAUUUUCUAACGUUUACAAGACUUAUUUACAUUAUUCCAGUUUAGUGCAGCCUGUUCGUGUCAGUAUUUCUUUAAUCAAAUUGCAUUAAAAUUAAGUGGGUAUAUUUUGACUGAACUUUUCUUUGUGACUUUGAUCUAAACUCGUAACCAGUGAAUAAUAAUUCUUUGUCGUCAUAUUUGAAAACAGUGGAAUGAUAUUGUAUUGUUGACAGAAACUUUAUGGAAACCUUCACCAAGACGGAUAGGUGACAAAAGCUAAAAUGACGGCGGAGAAGAGCAAAGGCCAGAAGACCAAGAUGCCGCCAGCCACGAAGAAGGUAGCUCCGGACGGCGGCUGGGCGUGGAUGGUCUGCCUCGGAGUUAGUUUAGUCAAUUUUUCAACGCGGUCCCUCGAGCCGUCGUUCGGUCUCCUCUUCAAAGACUUGCUGGACGACUUGGGUGUCCACACCACCGGUGCCUCCGUGAUCGCGAGUACGCUCGACUCCGUCGUCAACUUCUCUGGCUUCUUCGUGGGGCCCGUGAUCAAGACCUUCUCAUAUAGGAAGGUCUGUUUCGUGGGCUCUACGAUAUGUGCGCUCGGAUUGCUGUUCACGGCCCCAGCGAACAGCAUGGGGCACAUACUGGCGACUUAUAGUACUUUAGGAGGUUUUGGAGUGGGCCUUGCUUCGUCAUCGUCGUUCGUGUCGCUAAACCACUACUUCUCCAAGAAGCGUGGGCAGGCCGUCGGCUUGUCCAUGGCUGGGACUGGCUUCGGCCUGAUGGUCAUGCCACAGCUGGUCAAGAUCCUCCUGGGAGAGUACGGGUUCAGAUGGACCGUAGUCAUCCUGGGCGCUUUGGCUUUCCACGCAGUGCUCGGUUCCUGUCUGCUACAACCAGUUAAGAGGCAUCUUAAAGAAGUGCCGGUGGACUGUGAGAUGCAGACAGUAAAGGAAAUGGAGUGCAUCCUCGAAAGCGACGAAGAAGCGGACGACAAGUUCGAAAUUAACCCUCUCGUCACGCACGCGUUGCCAAAACUGACGCCCCAGCGGUCUCACACUAAUAUGAACCAUCCGUCAGUUAGGACGAUCGGCCUCCCGCGAGCGAAGACAUGUGAUAAACCACUGCAAGACUUCGACAAGACUUCUAGGCUAAGUUUAGGGUUAACCACUGCGGCGUCGGUGGCCGCGAUGCCUCGCGUGACGUCAAGCGGCAGUAUGAGCGAAGCCGCCCGAAGGAGAAAAGUCUCGGUUAUCUCGAAUAUAUCCAACAUGGACUUUACGGGCAGCUAUUUGCAGCUGUAUCUUGAUACGGCAGAUGACGAAGCGAUACAGAUGAAAACAAUCAAGAAAGCCGAGCCAGAGCAAGAGAAGAAGAAGAAUUUCUUCAAAAGAUUCGUUGCACUAAUGGACUUAGAUCUACUGAAAGACUGGUCGUUUUUGAACCUUUUACUUGGGCUCUCACUUUUUUGGAGUGGCGAGCUGCAGUUUAGGAUGUUGACGCCUUUUUUUAUAAGAAGCCUGGGGUACAAUAUGAACGACACGGCGUUUUGCCUAUCCAUGACCGCGAUCACCGAUAUAUUGGUGCGGUUGAUACUACCCCCCAUAUUUGAUAGGACUACUAUAUCCAAGAAGAUGAUAUUCUUCAUAUCUGCAUUCUUUUUGGCAGCGACAAGAUCAGUAUUAGCAGAGCAAAGCGAGUGGGUGCCACUCAUGAUUUGGCUGUCAAUUUGCGGGUUCUUCCGAGGGAUGUGCCUCAGUAACUUUACAUUGACGAUAUCGGAGUACUGCCCUCUUGAAAAGUUGCCAGCGGCCUUCGGUCUGCAUAUGGUCAGCAAAGGAGUCUUUGUGGUUGUCAUCGGACCUCUUAUUGGUUACGUCCGCGACUACACCGGCAGCUUUGCGAUUUGCAUCCACGUGCAAAACGCGCUCAUAAUGUCGUGCGUCCUUGUCUGGGGAAUCGAAUACGCGCUUGCCUUCACUAGGAGGCGCAAGGUCGUGCAGAUUUAGUGGUGACGUCAGACGUAUGAUGUAGACAGUGCGGAUCUAGUGAUAGUGACAUCUAUGGUCGCACGAGUGAUACAGAGCCGUCAGGCAGCUGAUUCUGUGGGUCUAGACAAAGUGCAAUAAUCGCAAACCAGUCGAAAAGUGGUCGAAAAGCCCCUUUUUUGUAUGGAGUUUUGACGGAUUCGACUUUCGAUUCGAUCAAAAAGUGCGUUUUGUCUAGGGGGGCUGGUUGCUAUCUUUGAAGAAAUAAUGAAAAUGACAGAUGUCAUUUUUCUGUCAACCUGGAAUGUGUGACCAGGCCUAAAAUCAAGCAGAGACGGGAAAAGCCGUGAUAAAGAACAGUCUUAAUCGAAGAGUAAAGACACUAAAGACGGCCAAAGAUGUAAAGAUUAAAGGUGUUUCUACAGCUGUGGUGUCAAAAGACAUUGUGUGAAGUGUAAUAUUGGUGCUCGGUUUGUUUCAACUCGGGCUCAAAGUCGGAAAAAUCGUUUAGUGUAUUAGUAACUACAGGGUGUUAUUGAAUUAUCGCAAAAUCUAAAACAAAAAGAUUUUUUUUAAAUCACCAUUUUUCAAGCAUUGGUCAAAAAUAUUUGAUCAAUGCUAGAUUAUUUUAUUGAAUUCAAUAAAAAUCAGUACUGUCUGAACUUUUGCGUUAAUUCAAUUACACGCUGUAUAUCUUGUUCCAUUAUUGAUUUGAAAAGACCAUAAAACAUGGCGACAUCUUUAAAUAGGAAUUUGAAUUGUGCCAAUGGCAGCAGCUCGGUUAUAGUGUAGUUUGUACGGACCAUUUUGUUACAAUAGUUUAUUUUAUAAAUAGAUAUGUACUUAGAAACAUUUUUGUCGUGUCUGAAGAGUAUGCUAUCCGUUUCUGUGAGAACUACGUAUGUCUUUGUAGAUGGCGCCACCGACUUAAAACAUUUAGUAGAAAUUGACGAUAGUUUCUUAGAACUUUAAAAUGCGCGCGCCUUUACUGACACAAUAAAGUAAAUAAUCCAUUUUGUGUUGCAAUAGUACUUAGUUGUUCAAAGAGGAUAUAUUUUAUUAAAUAGUUGUUAGACAUUUACUUCUAUUAGACAGUAAAGGGGCGAUCUCAAUUAUAUUUCUAAGUGGCGCCAUCUGUACAUCAGUGGUGAUAUUUAGCGUUUGUAAAAGACGGGUUCUUCAAACGUAACUGAUGACGAAAGUCAAUGCCUUUGUGGUAUAUCUAUAUUUUAAUUAUGGCAAAUUAAUAGUUAAUUUGCUUCAAACAAGCAGGCGCGAACAGAAAGCAAUAAAAAAUUUAACAGUUUCGCUAGUGAACUCUCAACUUGAGCAUUUCUCUGCUUCCUCAAGAGAUGGCGCUGUUUACACAUUAGCUCGCAGUUGGCUAAAUGUACUUUUUUACAUACCUAAUAUAAUCUCGCCUGUCUGUAUGUACUUAAUGUGAUAAUAAGAUAAACGCCACCUUGUUUGAAGCAAAACUUAGUUUACUCUGUAGAUAAUAAAUGCAACAACUACUUCCAUAACUUCUCUAAUCCAGUGCCAGGAACUAUCAUGACAUUUUAGUGAAUUUACUACGGUUUUUGCAUCUUGUAAGCUUGCCUUUAUUUUAUUUUAGUUAAUUGUAUGGAAAAAAAUUGCCAGAUUAAGUAAAUUAGAAAGCAAGUAUGCAAUUUGUAAAAUCCGUAUUUUAUUUUUGACAUGGUAAACUAAACAUGACUAAAAUAUUAAUAAUGACACUUAUUAAGCAUUUUGACUUUUAUAUUAAUUUAAUUAUGUUAUUUAGAUAUUCUAUAUUUUUAAUAUUGACUAAUGAUUGGUACAUUCUAAGACUACCCUCGUAUUCCAAGUUGAUCCUUUUAAAUUAAAAUAGGAGCAAGCAAAAUCAGUUAUGUAUUGGGGUUCAAUUUUGCUUGUGCUCAAUCUUGGUUUUAAUAUAGAUAUUUGAGAGUUAAAUAAAAGUAUGAGGGUAGAUAUAAAUCGUAAAAGGAUGUUAUAAAUAGUAUUUCUCUAUGAAUGCAGUUGGAUCCAGUGAUUAGCAACUGUCGUUCCUUUUCUACACUUACGUGUAAUUAAAACGUAACCAACUUUUAGAAAUUGAUUUUUAAUGAUCAUAUUUUUAGAUGGCUGUUUGUAGUUUUGAAAGGUUUUAUCUAAUUAAGCGUGUAUCUAGGUCAUAGCGAACUUCAGUAGACGUAUCUUCAAACAACGGGGUCUAUAGUAAUUUAACCUUAGAAGUGUAGGUUCAAAAAAUUAUGAUGGCGCGUUAAGAAUAUUGUAUGUGCAUCUUAGGUCCACUCGUAAUGCAAGAGGAUCGUAAUAGGUUGUUAAUUAUUGUUUGGUUAAGGGACUUGACACUUUUCGUGAACUAAUAAUGUACCUUUAACUCUAAUAACUGUCGCGGGACUGUACGGCACUCGUACAUAGUUUUUUAGGUCACAAACUCCUAUCACUAAUCUGUUUAGUCUUCCAGGAUCAUAAUGUAAAUAUUUAACUAUAUCAAUAUUGCAUUAUGUGCUUCUCGAUGUGAUUUUAUUGACCAAAUAUAUUGAAGUACUUACGGAACUUUUAUAAAAAUGUAUAUUAAUCGAUCUUACUCAAUUAUCGUACUUAUAUUGUUUGUGAAACUUCCCCAUAAUACAUUGGAGUGCCAUUUUUAAAUGUCUGUUGUAUUUUUGUACUUAUCAAUUUUAAUCUUUAAAGGUACUUAAGGUUUGUAAUCGUCGCAAUCAUGAAAUGUGUGUGCCAAUUGUGUAUAUGUCUUUAUAUAAAGGCUCUGGCAGAUCUGGUGUGACUGUGGCGCGAUUGUGGCGCUACCUGACAUUUUUUUAAUAAAAUAUCCUGACCUGGCAAGGUGACAGCUGUCAAAUUAAACGUCACGUCGCGCCACAGUCACGUCAGCUGCAUGCCAGAGACUUGAAAAACUGUAAACAUUAUGUAUUUUCUGUACAUAUUGGAGAUGUAGCAAUAAAGCAUUUAUGCUUCGCAAGGAAUUGAACAGUGAACAGAAAUGUGAUCUGUGUUUUGAAGAAGUGAAGGAGUGAGGAGUAAGGAAGGAUUUUUUCAACUUAUUCGUGUUAAUUAUACUGAAUUCUUAAUUUUACUAAAGACAACACAAUAUAAAUUUAUCAGACCUUGAGUCAAUAGACUUUAGUAAUCUUGUGAAUGAGAUAAAUAUUAACUGUAUAAAUUAACUCAAUAUUGUUACUUUGUAAUAAAGAAGUAUUAUUUAUAUCACAAAGUCAACUAGAAUUAACAUUGUUAAUGUGACUGCGAUAUUUGGAUAGGUCAGCACACCACGUAGUAAAGCUAAUAUACCUAGUUACAGACGAUUUUAUAUCAAGUUAAACAAAGUUGAAUCUUAUGCAGUUGUAAUAGAGGCGACUUAAAAUGAUAUCGACUGUACAGUUAGAUGGGUUUCCUCGAUUCCAAGAUUGCUAGAUUCUAUGAUGUUUGAGGAAAAAAAACUUACCUCAAUGGUUGAAAAUUCAACAAUAAAUGGUUCGAGCAGCUUAUGGUCAACAUGUGACCACAUAACGAACAUUUUUAUUGUAAAAUACACAUACAUACUAUACAAACACGUAGUUUGUAUUGUCUAAAAAUACAUAUAUCAAGCAAUCAAAUUAACGUACAAAGGUGAUAUCUUAAAAUCAAACGUAGAUUAUAUUUAUUUAUAGAAUGGCAGCUGCUAAUGGGCCGUAAACUAUCGUGUAGACAUUAUUGGUAUGUUAGUGUCAAACUUGUUUUAUUUUAUUAUAAUUAUGACACUAAAACUAUACUUAGUAUUUUUUAAAUCCUUUUAGCAGCCUCUUAAUUAAAAUUGCUGAGUCGCGCAUUGUUUCAAAAGGUUGAUGCCUAUGAAAUUGCCGAUGCUUUUUAGGUUCACGGAUUUAUGUUUACGCAUUAAAAAAACAGUCCUAAAUGUCAUUCAUUACCAUCACAGAUUUUCUGUUCUGUGAUUUCCAUGAUAAGAUUUGUUAUCUUUUUCGCAGAUGACAUUUUUAAAAUCCAUUUAUUUUGAUGUUAGCUUAAUGUUGUCUGAUUCAUACAUGUUUUAUAAAAUUAUGCCAUCUGUAACCUUAGUUAACUAAAAUUUAGUUUUCCUAAAUCGUCUACAUAAAACGGCAAUUUCAUAGGUUUACCACCAUAUGUUUUAGUAAAUAUAAUUAUAUUUUAAAAUAUAUUCCUAAUACAGAAUUACGUGCCUUAAUUUGCACAUUGAUUAAUGAUUAUUUUAAAGUCUGAUGUCGAGUGGAAGAGUUAUAGGUAAUGAUUUAUUUUAUAUGACAAUAAUUCGUUAUUCCUUCGUGUAACACUGUGUGUGACAUGUAUUGUUAUAGAUAAUUGUUUUAAUUACUUACAUGACAUUUUGUCUCUUGAACUUUACAUUUUCGAAUACCCGUUUGUUUUUUAUGAAUCAAUUAUGUGACAUUAUCAUUGUUAAGUUAUGUAAAUUGCAGCUUUUAUUGUUUAAAUGUAUGUUUUGCAUUAGUUCAAAAUAAUUACGUCGGUGCAAGUUAUAUAAUUUAAUAUUAAGGAUGUAUUUCGAUUAUUUGUUGAGAGAACAAUCAUGAACACGUCUUAUGUAUGAGUGAAUAUCAGAAAAGACAGUGGAAUGAAAAUAAUAAGUGGUUACCGAA